CUUUAGGUCACCACAGAUGAAAGCUGUGCUUUCUGUGAUACACAUUUACAUUCUCACCACCAGCUGGGGCCUCUUGUUUUUAAUUGAACCAUGGAUGCUUUCUUUGCCUUCUCUGAUGAGGAGCUUGCAGACUUUCUCCUUGGCUUCUCUCUCGCGCUCGCAGGCGCGGGCACGGUCGUGCUCAUCGUUUUUGCCGUGUACUACAUCUUUUUCCGCGGCCAGUCGGGCAUUGUCUUGGAUGCGAGCUUCAAUAUCCCGGGCCAAUAUGACGCGGAGCGUGCGCGCGAAGAGUCAGAGGACGAGUUCUUGCACGCGGCGAGCCCGACGGAGCGCGCGGACUACUUGCGCGCGCGAGCGUGGUGCGCAGAGCACCCACCGGUGCUUGCACCUAUCGGCGCUAGCUACGACCCGGAAACCAUUGAGGAUAUUCGGCUUCGCGGCAUCGAUGCGUUUCAUUUCCAGCCCGACCCCGCUAACGGCUACACCGUGGUGGACAAAACUGACGUGGUUUUCCAUGACUCGCCGCAGGCGGCUUCCGCCUUGCUCAACUAUUCGCUUCCGGUGAAAACCCGCCCGGAGUCUGAGUGUGUGUACUUUGAGGUCAAGUUUCUCGAGUUUGCGCGCGGCACCGCGAGCGUGGGGUUGGCGACCGCACCGUACCCGGCGUUCCGGCUUCCGGGAGCGCACAACUUCUCACUUGCGUAUGAAACGCGUGGUACAUUACGUGUGAACCAUUCGUUCGCUUCCGGGGUGCGUCUUCUCCCGGAGGUGCGCCAGUCUGACGUUGUCGGCGUGGGCUUCUUCCCGCGCACCGGCACGGUCUUUUUCACCCACAACGGGCGCAAGGUGAUGGACGUUGCACGUGAGCUCCAGGUGGACAUGUACCCGUGCGUGGGCGCGCGCGGCGCCGUGCGCCUCCAGGUGAACGUAGGGCGCGCGGGCUUUGUGUUCAUUGAAGCGAACGUCAAAAAGUGGGGCUUUGCCACACGUGCCACUAUCGGUGCGCCGCCUGUUUAUCUCAAGAACACGGGCGACGAGGUUUUGGCCAAGGGAGCGGAGCUUCCGCCGGACUAUCCCGAGCAAGAAGUGACGUUUUUCGGGCCGUCCGCGCUCGUCGGACCGUCCCACGUCGAGGCGUCUCCUGUCAGGACUGAGGCGAGGGCUGAGGCGAAGGAGAGGAUUGAAGCGAAGGAGGGGAGUUCGCCGCUUUCCAGCCCGCCAAGCUACAAAAUGGAGGGAAGUGAAGUGAGAGGCGAUGAGAGAAGCGAUGGGAGUUUGAGUGAGUCGGAACGAGAGUUGAGGGAACGGUUGUAUGAAGAGAGAAGCUCCGGGUUUACUGGAGAGACUCAGCGCGGCGAAGGUCGCGAAGCACAUGGUGGAGAGGAGAUGGAAACUCGAGUAGUAGUCCCUGGUUCUGCCCUAGAGGUCGAGACUUUAUUUGUAAAAACUUUGCUUUCCGAUGAAGCACCGGUUGAUGUCGAAACCACCUCGGCCAGUAACCUGGCUCCGCAGCUUUCCCCAACCGAAAAUGUGAUUCCUUCCCACGGGCUAAUCUCUCAAGACGGGCCUCUUGCUGGAACCGCGGUUGUCGAUGGAGCUGUGGAUCAGAUCGCUAACCAGACGUUGGAGAGUGCCAUGGACCAGUCAUUCUCGCUUGACCACCACUUAGAAGCCACGCCAUCACCGGCAAAGAAGCCAAAGAACAAAAAGAAAGGAAAGAAGGGCAAGAAGGGCCGCACCACGUUCUAAGGACUUGGAUAACCAUUCCAGCAUUGGAUGAAUUAUAUGACUUUUGUUAGCUAUGAAGCAUGAAAGGCGAUGGAAUGUAUUUUUUUUAACGUAAAUCCAUUAACCGUCCGUAAAG